AUGGCGAGUGCCAUGUACUUACGUCUUGGGCGGCAGGCUCUCUUGCCUCGCUCAUCAGACUCACAGCCCGCCCGGGCCAAGCAAGCACCUCAAGGUUCCUGGCUCCUUCGAUGCGGCUCGGGUAAUCUUCGGCAGCCGUAUCUCACCAGCAAAACUCUGAGCAAGGAGGCAGCGUGGGCCGUGGCAGCACAGAGGUGCAGCGCCGAGCAGAGCAGAGCAGAGCAGCAGAGGUGCGCAGGUGGUCAUACCUUUCCAUUGGAAGCAGCAGAAGCAGACACGCAAACACAGGCCGCGCCGUGGACUUGCUCAGAAACGAAAAGCACCGCAAAGACAAGCAGCACCAGCACCAGCACGCAGCAGCACCCGGCACACCCAUCGACGGUCCCCCCCCCCUCCUCGCACCUCCCACACCACACCGACCGCGAUUUUCUUGCUCGCACCGAAGCUCCCUCGCUCCCAUUCGCCCCCCUGUCCUCUUCUCCUGCCGUCACCGACGAACAACAACAAUCACUGUCAGCCUUCAAACUAAAUUUCUGCCAUCUCCAUCCACCUCCACCAAAGCUUCCCUCGACAACCCCUCCAACUUCAACCCAACACCGAAACAGUCUUGUUCGAUAA